CUUUCUUCCUUUUAUCUUUUUUCUUCUUUCUAUCUAGUUUCCUCUUUAAACUCUUCAAGUUUUGUUGUUGUACGGCUGGAGAAACAGAGAAACCAAAGUAAAUCUUCUGUCUCUGUCAGAUAAUAUUUUGCUUCUGAGCCCAACAACGGAAGGGGAAGAUCGAAUUCAUUUUCGCACUCGUUCAACUCUAACAGCUCCUGGGUGUAAACGCCGUUCAAUAACGCUCGGAGCCAAUCACACCCGCCGACUGUGCCCGGCGCGCGCACAGCCUAGAACGGCGACGUUUGAUUGGUUGACAGCUAGACUCCCUGCAGCGAGUACCCGCCUUCACGCUGUCGUUCGGCGAGCGCUGUAGGCUCGCGCAAACCCCCCGCGGCCGUUUGGGACGAAAAUAGUCCGAUCGUCUGCCUUCAGUAGUAAUGCGGUGUACCCACAACUCACUCGGGGGUGGAACUUGGCCCAUGAACCCGCAAGACCUCUGACCAUGUGCCGUGUUGACGGUCAGUUUUCUCUGGACUGUGGGGUCGGCGACACGUAGGUAGUCGCCAGUGGGGAGAUGUAAUUAGCCUUCAACAGCAACAGCAGGUCCGAGUUGUGGAUUUGCACUGCCCUGUCGUUACACUCGACAGUUGUGUCGAGGGCGGACAAGUAUACUCACUGUCACUCACGGUAAACAUUCUAUUGUUCACGGGGAAGAAGACGAAGAAAACGAGCUGAACACAUGGGUGGCCAAGCUUCGGAGGAAACGACACAACAAAAUUGAGAUACCUUUAUCGUUUUCUGUGUCAGUUGCGGAGCAAAGGUGCCGCCCAUGACAGUGAAGUUGCAGCUGGUUGGCGAAGCAUAAAGCUUUGAUGGUAUCUUGUUCAGGACUACCGCUGAGCUUCGUCAUCCUCGUCCGUUGACGACAGAACUGUUACGGUUUGUGCUCACGUCGUCACGAGGGAUUGAGUGGGUGACUAUGUGUCAGUACAGUUAGGGUUGUUACUUGGAUGGAACUAGACAUCCCUCGGUCUGCGGUUGUCCUUGGCAACGGUGGAUCUACUCCAGCUUUGUCCGACGUCGUCGUUGCUUUCUGCAGGUCGAGCUCCUACACCGCCAAACACAGCAUCGAAAACAACAACAACAACACCACGGAGGAUUAUAACAACGCCAAUAUGCCGUCAGCGUUUGGACUACGAGAAUCAGAGCGCAUUGGACAGAUCGAGAGAACUUGUGCAGGGAAUUUUCUCUACAAUGAUUUGCAGGAUCGCCGAUCGGACCUCCAUGGCGGCUUUGGUCUGGUGUCCGGAAAUACCACAUCGUUUACCUCCGCCCCGCGCCUGUCGCACACCCCCGCCACGGACUUCCAGCCCCCCUACUUUCCCCCUCCAUACCCCUCGCAGCAGCCGAUGGAGUUUCACCACACCAGCCACGUCAACGCCGACCCCUACUCCAACGUCAACCCCUUCCAGCAGAGCUCGCACCACUACAACCAGCUGGGCGACCGCAACGUCCUCCGGCACCGCGAUGACGCGCUGUCCAUGCAUCCGGGGCUCUCUGGUCCCUACGACACGCGCCGCUCUGCCGAGUACAUGAACACCGUGCGCAGACCGGAAGUACUGCACCAUGGAGGUCAUCCUGGCCUGACACUGGACCAGGACCCCGGACUGUUGUCUCUGCAUCAUGCCAGCAACCCGCCCCUGUCUGGUCUGGAAGAUGCCAAUCAGCCUACCAUGGAAGAGAAUGCAUACGUGACAAACGACCAGAAUUCCGUCAUUCGCAAAGGUAUUCGGCCCAAGAACGACAACAGCAAGGAUCUGGUAAUUUCAGGAGUUGCCUCACCCAAUGAUGUGUUUUGCUCAGUGCCCGGACGACUUUCACUUCUGAGUUCAACUUCUAAAUACAAGGUGACUGUAGCGGAAGUCCAGCGCCGCUUGUCUCCCCCUGAAUGCCUCAACGCUUCUCUUCUCGGAGGUGUCCUUCGAAGGGCAAAAUCUAAAAACGGCGGCCGUUCACUUAGAGACAAACUUGAGAAGAUCGGACUCAGUCUUCCAGCUGGCCGUCGAAAAGCCGCCAAUGUCACCCUGCUUACCUCGCUUGUUGAAGGUGAGACCGUACGGUUGGCACGUGACUUCGGUUACCUGUGCGACACGGAGUUCCCCUCCCGCCAGUGCGCGGAGUACAACCUGAGACAGUACGCCGACCCCAACGACUAUCACUCCCGCAAGAACAUGGUGCUAGCUACCAAGCAAAUGCUGAAGGAGCUUCAAGACCUACUGCAGCAAGAUCUCCCUGUGGGCAACAGUCGGCCCACCCCGAUCCUGGAACAGGGUAUCCAGCGGCAUCUGACCCACUUCAGCCUGCUGACCCACGGCUUCGGCACUCCCGCCGUCCUGGCCAUCAUGAACGCCCUGCAGGCCUACUUCAACGAAAUGCUCAAGGUGAUGGACAAGAACUACUCCACUCCAUCACAGCCCGGAGUGGGUGGGGGCAGCGGGGCUGGUCAGGCCAACUCCAUAGACUCCAAAGUCAAGUCUGACAAGGACGAGAACCGUCGGGAUUGAAGCAAGGGGGAGAGGGUUGCGUACCCUGUCAACGCAAAUGUGAAGGACCUCACUGCAGACAUGAAUAACAAACUUCCAGUGUGACAGCCGGCGUGCAUCCUCACUAUGCCUUUACAUGUUGCUGAACUCUGCACGCCAGACCCAGGUUCGAACAGGGAAACGAAAGAAUAGAGGGAUAAAAAAAAA